UCUCACUCUCUCUCGAUCCUCUAUCGACCGAAAGAGCUUGCAAAGAGAGGAAGAGUAGAAGAAGAACAGGAUGCAUCUCGUCUCUUCUUCUUCGUCUUCUUCUUUGUUAGCUUCGUCUUGGAGUAUGCUUAGAUCUUCAUCUUCCUCCGAUGGCUUUCCGUUCUCCUUCUGUUACCUCAAUUCUGUUUCGAAAUUCUCAGCUGGAAGAUUUCCGCCCUCCAAAGCCGUCACUAGGGCUUCCAAGUUCGAAGCCAAUCAAGAACGGUGCUGUUUGGGGGGCGAUCGGGGGAAUGCUGGCGACCGAGGUUGUUCAGCGGAGAACAGAGGCCGGAGGGAUCUUUUCCUGAUCUCGCUGGCUUCGUCGAGCUCGCUGGUGGCGCUGUCUGCUGCCUCCGGGAAGGUGAAGGGUAGUAACCCCUACAAUGAGAGACGAUUGCUGGAACAGAACAGGAAGAUUCAAGAAGCUAACAGUGCGCCCGAAGAUUUCCCCAAUUUCAUUAGAGAAGGUUUUCAAGUCAAAGUAGUGAUAUCUGAUGGCUAUGUAAAGUGUGACUCUGGACUUAUAUAUCUGGACAUACUAGUCGGUAAAGGUGAUUGCCCAAAGGAUGGACAACAGGUGACAUUUCACUAUACUGGUUACAACGAAUCAGGCCGUCGUAUUGAUAGCACUUAUCUGCAGGACCGACCUGCCAAGAUUCGAUUAGGAAAUAAAUCAUUAGUUCCAGGAUUUGAAGAAGGAAUAAGAGAUAUGCGACCCGGGGGGAAAAGAAGACUCAUUAUUCCUCCAGAACUAGGGCCUCCAGUUGGGCCUUCUACGUUCUUCAGCGCAAAACAGUUCGAAGUUUUCGAUGUAGAACUACUCGAUGUGAAAGACUGCCAGCGAAGAACAAUUGGCUUUUACUCUGAUGUUGUCUGUAACUGAGUGAGUAACCUUCGAAGGUAUUAUAUAAUAAUUAUAAGUUUCUUCUAGCCCUGCUGAAAAAUAUACAUAAUGCAAUCUCACGUA